CUUUGCACUCAUACUUACACGCACUAUAGAAGCGAAGAAGCAAGCGAAAAACGUUGCCACUGGACAGCCAUCGGUGGCACCCCAUGAGAGAGACGAACGCGCCACUCUUUAAGCUUUUCAGCCACAUUUAAAGCAAGACCACCCACCUACUACUCAAAAAUGAAGGCAUUUAGCAUUGCAGUUGCAGUGACACUCGUGCUCGCCUUUAUUUGCAUCCUGGAGAGCUCUGCGGUCCCCUUCAAUGAGGUGCAGCCGCAGCAAAUGGAGGAGGCAAGGGGAGGCGACACUCCGGUUGCAGGACGACAGGAUGUGGCCGGCGGGGAGCCUUGGACGCCGUAUCACGCACGACACAAGCGGCAGAGCAACCUGUCGCUGUGCCGCUGGUGCUGCAACUGCUGCCGGUCCUACAAGGGCUGCGGCUUCUGCUGCAGAUUCUGAAAGAAAGAAAGAAAAAAGAAAAGAUUGAAAGAAGACCGCAGCAGCAUGAUGACAACAACCAAGACAACGAUAAUUUAUUACACUUUAUGAAUGAGCUGUUUCCAAUGUUUGUUUUUUUUCAUUUAUAUUUUGGUUGCACGUGAUCUAUAAGGUUUCACAGAAAGUGGCACAGUGGUAUUUAUUUCAUGUUUUUAAUAGUCUCAACACUUUUGUAAACUCAGUUUUUGCUUAUGUUUUUUUUUAAAAUUGAUUCAAAUUGGUAUUCUGAAUUAAGGCUGCCAUGUUCAUAUUUGGUGAUGAAUAAAUGGUCUUUUAAAUUUA